AAAAAAAAUUCUCUCUACAGCACCGCGGCAGCGAGGGAGAGAUGGCCGCGCGAUGAGCGUGGGACACGGCGGCACGAGGCGGGGAUGAUAAAAUAUGCGGCGUCCUCGCUGAUGGUGCGCCUCCUCCUCCACCUGCCCCGUGCUCCCCCCACCUACCGCCCCCUCCUCCUGCCGCUCCACCCCGCACGGCUACGAGCGGCCGCAUCGGCGUCGUUCCCCCUCGCCGCCAUGUCGACGACGGCGCAGGCGGUCGCCGACGAGAAGCGCGCUGUACGCUCCGAGGUGCGCAGAGCGCUCAAGGCCCUCUCCCCCGACCAACGCGCCAGCGAAGACCUGGCUAUUCAAAGCAAUAUUUUGAACUCUUCUUGGUUUAAAGCGAGCAAACGGCUGUGUGCCUAUAUUAGUUGUGCACAGUUGCGAGAAGUUGAUACAUCAAAAAUACUAGCAGAAGUUCUAUCCCAAAAUUCUGAACAUGAUGGACAAGCAAAGGAUAUCUAUGUUCCUCGAGUGGAAGAUAAAAAUCGGAAUAUGAGGAUGUUUAAAAUCACUACCAUGGAUGAUUUAGUUAAAAAUUCAAUGAACAUUCUGGAACCAUCACCACUGGAUGCUAGUGGAAAUGCUCGUGAAGAUGUGUUGUCAGCCUCUUCCCCUAUUGAUCUUUUUCUGUUGCCUGGACAAGCUUUUGACAGAACUGGCCGAAGACUAGGACGUGGUGGAGGGUACUAUGACACAUUCCUGAUGAGAUAUCAAGAACUUGCUAAAGAGAACGGGUGGAGUCAGCCUCUUCUUGACUGUGUUGGAGUAGGAGUAAGAGUAGGACCAAAGUGGGCCGUUUUGAAGCAGAAGGACCAAAGUGAGAUCAUGAUGAGAGAGAGGUACAGGCCCUCGGGUGCAACCAGGGGAGAAUUGCAACUGUCAAUCCAGGCUACGCUAGCAUACCCUGUUUUAGUUGCACUUUCAUAUUCGGUGCAAAUUCUGGAGGAAGGCGUCAUCCCAGUCAAUUCAACAGAUGUUCCUAUUGAUGCUCUGGUCACAUCCUCUGGCGUUAUUCCAAUCAGUCCUGCGGCAUUGGAGAGGUUACGAAGCUGAUUGGUUUCCCGGUUCUCCCGAUGCCUUCAGUCCUGACAGCAGACGACACUUUCCUGAUCUCUGCCAGGAAUUUGUGUAUUUGUUUCCUGAUCAAGCGAACUUGGUUAGAUAUUGCGUUUUGCCGCAUUAGCCGCCCUUGAGGUGAGACUUGUGAUCAAAUUCAAUUGCCAAUGAGCAUGCAUGUUGUAUUAAGAAUUCAAUUGAGCCCUCAUGCACCUGAGCACUGCACUUUCCAUGUUUUGCGAGCUUUUUUCACCCGAAA